AUGACGCAGGGUGGUGAAAGCCAGAAGCACCUGGAAGCCCCUCUGCCGAAAAUCAUCCUUUCAACCGGUGUUACAACCACCAUCGGUACAUGGAACGUAAGGACCAUGUUCGAAGCUGGAAAGAACACCAUCAGUAACAAAGAACUGUGGGAACGUACCAGCCAAAAGCCAGCAGACGAAGAGAUCCUCCAACGACUCUGCUCCACAUAUGAAAAUGUUAGGGAGUAUAACUCUCUAGCUGGUGAGAAUGUACUGCUGGCUGAGCGCUAUACUGAGCUGCUGAUCGUUGAGACACACAGAAAGCAGAGAGAAAAAGAGGAGGAGAUCCGUUGUAGAGGAGAAGAUCACCAGAAGGUCUUAAAAACCAGGGCCAGUGAAGCGUACAAGAGAAUCACUGUUGACCAGUUGUUCAAACCCGAUGACCGUAGAAAAGUUCCAAAGGCAGUCAUUCUUCAGGGCCACUCUGGAUACGGCAAAUCCUUCACUGCUCAGAAGAUCAUGUAUGACUGGGCCUCAGAAAAAGUAUUCAAAGACCUGUUUGACCUUGUUCUUCACCUUAAAUGCAAAGAGCUAAAUGAAAUCUCAGAGGCAUGCAGUCUGGUGGAUCUCCUGAGGGUCACUAAUGAGACAGCAGAGGUGCUGAGGGACUCAAAAAUGAAUGUGCUCUUCCUCAUUGAUGGCUUUGAUGAGCUCAAGUCCUCAUUUGAGAAAACUAGCACAGUGCCACCUAAAGACCCUUUCAGAGAAGCUCCUGUUGAGGCCAUUCUGGGUGCUCUGCUGAAGGGGCUUCUCCUGCCUAAGUGCUUCCUGCUGGUCACCACCAGGUCCACUGCUUCAGACAAACUGAGCGAUCUGCUCAGUGAUUCUCAGCGUUUCACUGACAUCCUAGGCUUCACUGAGGAGGGGGUGAAUGAGUACUUCCAGAGGUUUUUCAAAGAAGAACUGUUAGCAAAGAAAGCAGUUGACUGUGUGAGGACUAACGAGACUUUGUACACUGCCUGCUUCAUCCCCGUCAUCUGCUGGAUCACCUGCACAGUUUUCAGGGAGCAAGAACAAGAAGGCACGGACAUUACUAAGGAACUAGAAACAACCACCUCUAUAUUUGUGCACUUUGUGUCCACUCUGCUGAAGCAUCACUGCCAGGGUUUGAGUCAGCCUGAAACACUGCUGAGGAGCCUGGGCCAGCUGGCAGAGAGAGGGUUACAGGAACAUAAGGUCCUGUUUGAUGAGAUGAGUUUGUCUGAGGCUUUCCCUGAUCCAUCACAAGCAACCAAAUACAAUCCUUUCCUCUGCAAAUUCUUGCUGAAGAGUCCAGUCGAACAGGAAAGAAUGUACAGUUUCAUGCAUCUGAGCUUCCAGGAGUUCUUCGCUGCUUGCCAGUACCUGAUGUUGGAGAAUGAGGAAGAGGCACUUGACAAACUACGGGAGUUGUUAGGAAACGUUGAACAUUUUAAAGCUGUUGUUCAAUUCCUUUUUGGGCUUUCAAACAGAGGCAUUUACCCACACCUGAAAAAGCAGUCCUGGGCAUCCAUUCAAGCUUAUCUGCAGGAGUGGCUUCUAAGCGUUUUGAAAAAACACAGCAUGCAUCAAGAUGGUAUGCUGCAUAUACUUCAUUGUCUCUAUGAGCUCCAUGAGGAGGAGUUUGUAAGGGAAGCCAUGGGAGUCUGGGGUGAGAUGGAGUUUGACCGCAUUCCCCUGACGAGGACAGACUGCUGGGUGCUGCUGUACUGCCUGCAGUGUUGCCUGACCAUCAAAAGCCUAAAGCUCACAAAUUGCAACAUAACAGCAGAGAAGCUGAGGAUGCUGCAGCCUGCACUGAUCAGGUGUAAGGAGCUGGGGUGA